AUGGUUAACUUACCUCUUCUUUUAGCUUUACAAGAAACUAAUAGAGAAAUUGAAGGAGGUCUUUUUGAUUUUAAUGCAACACUUCCAUUAAUGGCAUUACAAUUUUUAGCUUUAACGGUGAUAUUGAAUCUUCUUUUUUAUAAGCCGGUUAGUAAUGUGUUAGAUGAUAGAGAUGAAUAUAUUCGUAAUAGUCUUACAAUGGCUUCUACUUCUUUAAUUAAAGCCAAUGAAUUAACUCAAAAAUAUGAGCAAGAAUUAGCGGAAUCGAGGAAGCAAGCUCAAGAUAUUAUUAAAAAAUCUCAGCAAGAAGCUCAACAAAUUGUAUCAAUUAAAAUUAAAGAGGCUCAACAAGAUGCAGAGAAAUUAGUUUUUGAAGCAUCUCAACAAUUGAAUAUACAGAAAGAACAAGCAUUAAAAACUUUAGAAGAUCAAGUAGAUGCUUUAAGUGAUCAAAUUAAACUUAAGUUAUUAAAUGGUAAUUUAUUAUAA